AGAAACCCACUCUGCAUACUCCUAGAAAAAAAUUACGUAUUCGUAUAUUGCCCCCGUGUCCUUUCACCUUGCCGUCAUCAUCGCAAACGAUGAGGAGACGUCCUCUCGUUGUCCUCCCGAUGCCUGGUUAUUAAAAGGGAUUGACCAGUAUUAUUAUCAAAUAAAAUGAAAAUAGUUAAAAUAUAGUACAGCAUACAAAAUGUAGAUAAAAUGCGGUGCAGGCGGGUGUGGCGGGACGUAAGCGUCGAUAGCAUCCAUGAAGCCUCAUGUAGAGGGAAGCAAUGAUAUCGAUGGCGCAGUGAUCGUUGCGUUAUUAUUGGGGGGGGGGGGUGAUGUGAGCGGGAAAAGACGGGUGUCGGGAUAGGGAGCCGGUAGACGAUGACCAUGGCAUCAAGGGGGUAAACAGAGCAAUGGUGCAUGUUGCCCGGUCCAAAUAAUGAGGGAUGCAUGAGUUUGAGGUGGGUGAGUGAGCUGGGCGGCGUACGGGAGGCCGAUGUUGGACACGAUGCAGCAGGCGGCGGCGGGGGUAUCCGUGAUCGCAUAUCCAUGAAUAUGGGUUCGUUCACAACGCCUUUGAGCCCUCAUCCAAUGCCUCAAAUGACACGGUCGUCGUCAGUGUCGUUCACCAUCAACAUCCCGACCUUGCUCUCGCCCUCCUGCCCGUCCCUAGCACACCCCUGCUUCCACUCCAUCCCCAGCCUGCUAUUUGGCAUGGUCACGCCCUAUACUCGAGUCCUCCCUACCCCUCACGCCAUCGUCGUCAUCCUGGUCGUCGUGAUGGUUGGCUUUGGAUCCAUACGCCCUCCUGGCGGCAGAUGGAGGCGGAUCUUUAGUUAUCGAGUGAAUGAGGCAUCGUUAAUGCAUUCGGAAGCUGUGGAGGGCUUACGCGCAGGCGAGUGGGGCUUGAUGCGCGAUAUCCAGGCCAUCCAGGGGCCACCAGAUGGAUCAAAAGUACCUAUAAAACCUAUAUUAGCAUUAAAAAUAAUGAAAUAUACCUUCAUUUCCAUUCAAACAAGUAGUGGGGGCAAGCAGGCGACUACACCAUGGACCGAUGGUGAGAAGUAUAUAAUCUAUCCCAACCUUGAUUUAUCUGCCAUUUAUGGACAUUUCAAAGAUGCAUCAUUUGUACACAGAUAUGUGCAAUCUUUCCAAGGGUAA